AUGCUCUCUUUUGACGUUGCGGCCGACGCGUCUACGCCACAGAAAUCCAAUGGUGUUGUAUGGGCUUUGUGUAUUAGUGCAGAGUUACCUCCGGUGAAAAAGCCGCGGUUUCUGGAGAUUUUGGAGGCUCGGGUUAACAAAGAAAAAGCUAAAUUCAAGCUUGAAGACGAUAAACCCAAUCCGCUACGACUACAGAUUUAUCGCGAGAUAUUCACCAUAUUUAUUCAAACGUGUGUAUACUAUGGACCAUUGUUGGCUCGCAUUAAAGAUGAGUACGAAUCAUACUUACUACAUAUGCAGGAUCAGCUUAAGAAGCUGCAACCUAUAAGAGAGCUUCUGUGGACUGUUUCACAAGAAUGUGAAAACCGUGUUGGCAGUGUGCGACGGCGCGAAAACAAAGACAUCAAAAGACUGAAGUCGGAGAAAAGGGCGCUAAUGGCACAAAUUUCACAACUUCAUGAGGCGGGAAAAUCGCUCACUUGUGAGGUAAGAAGACAGUCUAAUCAGUGUUGA